UUCACGACAGGAAAUUAAGUCUUCGGGGUUGCAAAAUGUCUUCUUUUGUGGUACUUUUCUUCUUGUUAGGCUGCAUAUUAUUGCUGCAGGCAUCGAAGGGAUUACCAGAUGACAGCAAAAACCACAAUUGCCAUGUUCUUGGGAGAAUUGGGGGUGUUAUUUAUCAGAGUUCUCGCAUUGGCCGGGAGCAGAAAAUAGCUAUGGAGAUGGCUAUCCAUGACUUUGAGAAGCGCAGCUUGAAUUGCUCAAAGCUGGUUUUGCACCUCAAAGAUUUAGACCUGAACUCAGCUGGUGCAGUUUCUGCUGCCGUUGAACUUGUCAACCAGAAGCACGUUGAUGCCAUCCAAGGAACAUUGACACUUCAAGAAGCUGCUCAACUUGUGGAGUUUGUUAAUGUGAUCAAAGACGUUCCCAUCAUUUCCAUUACGUCAAAAUCCUCAUCCACAGCACCAAUCCCGGAAAAACUGCUCCCUUUUAUUCAGAUGACUAACCACAUCGACGUGCAAACCCAGUGCAUCGCCUCCAUUGUUGGCCAUUUUCGGUGGCGAAAGGUGAUAACAGUUUAUGAACGCAGCACCAGUUUCACAGAAGAUUCCGGGAUCAUCACCCACCUCUCUGAUUCACUCCGAGGAGUCGACUCGUUUGUUGAACAUCAUAUAGCUUUUCCUAUUGCAUCUUCUCUCUCGAAUCGUGGAGCCUAUGUCAAACAAGAAUUAAAUAAGCUCAAAAGCAAGAGUGUCAGGAUUUUCAUAGUCAUGCGUUCUUCUUUGGACUUUGCUGUAAUUCUUUUCGAAAAGGCAAAGGAAUUGGGAAUGAUGGAAAAAGGUUACGUGUGGAUUGUAUCUGAUGAAAUCGCAGGCUUUCUUGAUUCCAUCCCAUCGCCUGUUAUACUUAAUAUGCAAGGUGUUAUUGGUUUCAAGAACAACUAUGAGGACACCAGUGAAUCUUUCAGAGAGUUCAGAACCAAGUUUAGAAGAAUGUACAGAUCAAAAUAUCCAGAAGAAGAAGAAUACUCGAACCCCAGUUUUUACGCACUUCGAGCUUAUGAUGCAACUUGGAUCGUUGCCAAGGCCUUGCAGAAUUUACAAGGAAAGAUUGACUCCAAAGAAUUAGUGAAGCAGAUUUUUCACAGUAACUUUGAAGGUCUAAGUGGAAGAAUAAGCUUUAACGAUGGUUUUCUUACGCAGAAUCCAAUUUUUCAGAUAGUCAAUGUGAUUGGUAAAAGCUAUAGAGAAAUAGCAUGGUGGUCGCCAGAGUAUGGUUUCUUUGAGGACCAGAUAGAAAACGAGGAAAUGAAGAAGGGAAUUUUUGAAGGUUUAGAGGGGAAACUGACUUCAAUUUACUGGCCUGGCGGUGAGCGUACUGUUCCGAAAGGAUGGACUUUAGCCGGUACAGAGAAACCUUUGAGGAUAGGCGUUCCAGCAAGAGGUGCUUUUAAUCAGUUUGUUAAUGUUGUGUUUGAUCAGGACAGAAAUGAAACUUCUAUUGGCGGAUUUUCAAUUGAUGUCUUUGAGGCUGCAGUGAAGCAGCUUCCUUAUCACCUCCCAUUUGCGUUUGUACCCUACUAUGGUUCAUAUGAUGAAAUGGUGGCAGAAGUUCACAACAAGAGACUGGAUGCAGCAGUAGGUGACACAGAAAUAAUGGCGGAUCGCUAUGUUUAUGCAGAAUUUUCGCAGCCCUAUAUCGAAUCUGGGCUGGUAAUGGUGGUGACAGUAAAACCAGGUUUGAAAGAUAAAGGAUUCGUAGUUGUAGAUGCCUUCAAGAAGGAAAUGUGGAUUCAGAUGGCAGCUAUGAGCAUGUCCUCCGCAGUUGCUAUAUGGUUAACUGAAUAUGCUAACAACAACCCGGAUAUAAGAGGAUCAUUCUGGCAGCUAAUAAGUUCCAUGCUAUGGUUUUGCGUCACUGUUCUCUCUCUUGCACACAGAGAAACGAUCAGAAGCAAUCUAUCUAGACUUGUGCUUGUAGCUUGGUUAUGUGUAGUUGCAGCUGUAGCAGCAUGUUUUACUGCUGUCCUGAGUUCUAUGCUGACAGUCCCAAAGCUCCAACCAUCCAUUUUAGAUGUUGACUAUCUUCUGAGGAUAAAUGCUCCAGUCGGAUGCAAUGGGAAUUCUUUCAUUGUGCGAUACCUGAUUAAUGUUUUACAUUUCAAACCAGAGAAUAUUCGGAAAAUCAAUUCAAUCAAUCACUAUCCUUCAGCUUUCGAUAAGGGGGAAAUCUUAGCAGCAUUUUUUGUUGCUCCACAUGCUAAAGUAUUCCUAGCAAAGUACUGCAAAGGAUAUAUCAUGACAGGGCCUACCUACAAACUAGGUGGUUUUGGCUUUGUUUUUUCAAAGGGUUCUCCAUUAGCCAUUGAUAUAUCAGAAGCUAUUCUCAAAAUCACACAGAAUGGAGAAGUUAACCAACUGGAAAAACACAUGCUUUCCUUUUCAAAUUGCUCGACUUUGUUGACUCAGGUAGCAGAUAACGUUGGAAGCUUAGGGCCAGAGCCUGUCUCUGGCUUAUUCAAGAUUUCAGGUUCCAUUUCUACAAUUGCAAUUGUAAUUGCGGUUGCUCGUUUAAUGCGAAGACAGUGGUCAAUUCAUGAUUUAGUACAAAGAUUAUUGACAAUGAAGAGAGUUUGGAGAUGGGCCGCAUUGAUUCUUACUGAGUGCUACUCAGGAUUUGGUUUAAGAUUCUUUAGGGAAACCACUAUAAUGGGACAAAAUCAUCAAACGGAUGCAGCUCAAGAUCGCAUGGGGCAAAAAGAAAUUAGCCUGGAGCUGACUACCACUCAAACAUAUAUAUAACUUCUAUGCCAUGGGAUAAACAGCUAUCAAAUAGGUACAAUGUAUGUAUGUCUGGGAACAUGAAUUAUAGACGUAGUUAGAAUAAAAAAGAAAAGGUCUUCUCACUCAUCAAGAAUGUUUGAUAUAAUUCUUUUUUU